AUUAGCUCACCCUCGAAUGAUUGUGGCUUGUCUGAAAAAAAGUAGGCAAGAAGAAAAAGCUAAUUUCAAGAAAAAACGAGCACAAGGAUGGUUAACAGUGCUUUGACCCUUCAGGUUCUUCCACUGGUCGUUCUCCUAGGGAACACACAUUUGUGCGCUUCCCAUUUCUUCUUCUUUAUCGACCUGCUGCAUGACCAGGCUGAUGAAUACGAGUACUACGACGAGUACGCGCAACCGGAGCAGGACCCCUUCCUCCAGCAGCAGUCCUCGGAGGACCCCGACUGGUUCGAGGCAUUUUUUGGCUACAGCGAUACUGGAAAAGCAGACCCAUGCUCCUCCAACCCCUGCAAGAACAACGGUAGGUGUGAAAACAGAGGAAGCAGCUUCAGCUGUCUCUGCCCCGAGCCAUACGCUGGGACUACGUGUGAGAAAGUGAAGAACAUGUGUCUGGAGAAGCGUUGCCAUGGUGGAGACUGCCUGGUUACAUUAACCCCACCUUAUUUUCAGUGCAGAUGCAAUCAUCCCUACAAGACACCCGACUGCCAACGAGCAUCUUCACCGUGCAGGCCAAACCCUUGCAAAAAUGGAGGUAUCUGCAUACGGCACAGAAUCAGAUCCAAAUUCACCUGCAAGUGCCCUGAACCUUUCAGCGGGAGGUUCUGCGAGAUCGGACCAGAUGAUUGUUAUGAAAAGGCUUCCUCUAAGUACAGAGGAAGUGUGAACCAAGCGGUGAAUGGCAAGACCUGCCUGCACUGGAAUUCCCACGUUCUCUUGGACUACCCUAUUAAUGCCUUUAUGGAGGAUGCUGACUCUUAUGGCAUUGGUGAACAUAACUUCUGCAGGAACCCCGAUGAGGAUGAAAAACCCUGGUGCUACAUCAGAAAAAGUCAUAAAGUGGAAUGGGACUUCUGUGAUGUUUCACCCUGCUCAGGAACAGCUGAAGAGAGCCUAUGGCCAACAGACAGCUCAACAGACCCACCUGGAUCAAAUGAAAUAUUCAAAACAUGUGGACAACCAGAAAUUCAAAGGACACUCAAGAGGAUCUAUGGUGGAGCUAAGACUACAGCUGGCAAACAUCCCUGGGUGGCAUCUCUGCAGAUAAAGACUUCAAAAAGGAACACACAUAUCUGUGGCGGAGUGCUAAUUAAAGCAUGCUGGGUUCUUACUGCCGGGCACUGCAUUGAACAACCAGCAGAAAAUCUUCAAGUAGCCCUUGGAAAGCAAAACCUCAAGAAGAGAGAGCAUCAAGAGCAAGUAUUUGAUGUGGAGAAGAUCAUCGUACAUUACAAAUACAGAGAGAAGGAUGGUGUCCCACACAAUGAUAUCGCACUACUGAAAUUGAAGCCAGUUGAUGGUCACUGCGCAGUGGAAACAAAGUAUGUGAAAACAGCGUGUCUGCCUCACUUCUUCUUUCCCGUUGGGACUGACUGCUUCAUUUCUGGAUGGGGCAUGACAGAGACAGAUGAAGAAUCCCAUCAGCUGUUAGAUGCCAAUGUCAAGCUGAUUUCACAGAAGAAAUGCAGUGCACCCAGAGCAUAUGAUCACAUACUGGAUGAAAGCAUGUUUUGUGCAGGAAAUCUUCGGAGACCCGGAGCUGAUUCUUGUCAGGGAGACUCCGGAGGCCCACUAACUUGUGUAGAAAAUGGCUCCUACUAUGUAUAUGGCCUUGUGAGCUGGGGUGAUGGGUGCGGGUUAAAGAACAAGCCAGGAGUUUAUACCCAGGUGACAACAUUUCUCAGUUGGAUUAAAUCCAAAAUUCAGUCUGAGUCAAGGUCACUUCAUUAGGAGACAGCUUUGGAAUGACAAAUGGUCAAUGGUGCCAAUAAUCCAGGAACAUAAAAAUCUCCAAAGAUUACAAGUGUGGAAUAAGAUUAAUCUGAUUUAUUCAUUACAAAUUAUUUUAUAUUCUACCAAUCAGGUUCAUUCAUCUGUAGUACAAAGCUGAGCCUGCCAGUCACCUAGUAUUAAUUUCAUUUACAGCUUUAAAUAAAUAUCAGAUUCUGUAAUACAUACAAAGAUAAAUCACAAAGUAUCCACACAAAAAUAAAACAAUCACUUAUAAAUUGCAAUGUUUAGGUUGCUUUUUAAAACAAAAAGUUCUUAGAUGCCAUCUAUUGUGUUUCCCAGAAAACUGGAAAAGCUACAGGAUUUGCAGGACAAGAUGAAAAUCUAUUUGUGUUAUGUCAUGUUUCUGUUUACUUCUGAUACAGCUGCAUUUUUCUUCUCUUGAAUUGCAGAAUUUCUGAAGCAUCGGGGUUGACUGUGACCUGCUGAGAUCCUUCUGUCUCCAAUUCGUCCUGUAAAAUCAAACCCAAGUAAAUUGUGAGGACAGCCAGUGGACAGGAGGUUUUAACUAUUAUUCCAUAAAAAUAUUUGCAUAUUAAAAAUUACCACAACUGGCAAACAAGUGAGCAAAAUCUACAUCACUGCUCUGCACUGAGCAAAUCUCUACAGUGGAAAAGUGCAAAAAAUGGAGCCGUUCAUAUAAGUUAGAUACUACACAUACCAAAGGACUGAAUGUGUGCUCAAGUCCUAAUUUCUAAUUUGAGCCCUAAAUAAAGAGCAAACUAGCAAACACCUGUGUUCCAGAUGGAUUGCACACCUGUAGAUUUCCCUGGAACCAUCAGAUCAUUAUCAUACGUAGGGCUUAAGAUAUUGCCUGCAGUCCCCACUGCCUGCAUUACUCAACCACAGUUAUAAUUUAUUUCCGGAGUAACCUUUUGGAUGGGAAUGUAAAUCAUGGAUAUGUCCUGUUUUUCUUGGGCUGGAUUAUUGUUUGACUUGUUGCCAAAGUUAAAACUUAAAUGAAACAAGUAUUUAAAGUGCAGAGCUUCUCUUUUAUUGUAACUUAAUGCUUCCUAACUGUAGGGGCUACAAGGUCCCUAUAUAGACUUCUGCUUUCUUGUGCAGGUUAGGAGUCACCCCUGUGGAGGCAGGGAGAAGGAAAACCUGGAAGAUCCCAGGCUGUAAUUUCUUGCCUCUUGAUCUGGACAGAGAUGGAGGAGGCUGGAGCAUUCCCCCUUUGCAAAAAGCCUCCCACAGUAUUGGGGAGCCUCCCACAGCACAGAUUAUGCUGUUAGGAAUCUACACUGAGCCUGUCAAUACAGUUGCCAGUGGAGAUUACAUGGCAACAUGUAAUUACAUGGCAACACAUGGUGUCUUGCUGAAAUUAGGAAAAGAGAAGGGGAGUUGUACAGGGAGUCCCUUCUGCCUCUACUUCUGCUUUCCAUGGAGGUACCACAUUUGGAGAUCUGACAACAUCCACAAGUUAAGGGAAACACAUCCCAUAGUAUAAGUAAAUCCUAUUCUGUGGCACUUUCUAGUCCCUACAGGAAUUCCUCAGCCAUGACAGUGCUGAAUUCUCUUGAGAGGUUCCGUCAAGUUAAGGUGUACACAAAGCCACAAAGCUUUGCAAGGGAAGUAUACAUAUUCUGUUCAAAUAAAGGGGACAACUGUUGACUACAGGGAGUAUUCAAAAGCAUGAAACGGGAUGUGUGCCUGUCUGCCUUCUGGAGAGCAGUGCUGUUGGGAUUUGUGAGAAGAACAGUCUACUCUACUUACAACUCCAGGUCCAUACUGAGCAGAAGCACCCUGCAAUCCCAUUUCCCGAAUGUACGCCAACUCAGCAGCUCUUCUUGCCAUUUCAACUUUGUGAGAACCUGGGGGAGUCCAGCCAAUGCCUCUGAGCCAGUUCAAGUCAGACUUGUAUUUUACCUGAGAGAAUGAAACAUACACCAGUGUGUAUUAUUUUGUUUGGCUCUAAUCAAACCACAUGUCCUGGGUAUUCAAGAGAGAGCAUAUAAAGAGCAACAGAGUCAAUAAUAAACAAGCUAUUCCUUUUCAGCAA